UUGAAUUCAAAGUUUAGGUUCCUGAAAGACACGCCACGAUGGCUGAUAAAGAAAGGCCGAGGGGAGCAGGCAGCUAGAGCAGCCGUUUAUAUCACAAAAUGGAGCGAAAAAUUAACACCUGAAAGGGAACAGCAUAUUAUGGCAGUCGUUCAUAAAGCUGCGGAUGAAGAGCUUGAAAAAAUGAAGAAGUCAAAGAAGAAUUAUUAUUUUUAUCAUUUAUUUUCGGACUGGAAACUUGGCAGCUAUGCCGUGGUCUUCGCUACAAGCCUCUUUUCGACAAGUUUUAUUAGUUAUGGCAUAGCGUACAACAUGGAUGCGUUGGCGGGUAGCGUGUACAUAAAUGUGAUAAUUCUGGGCGGUGCCCGAUGGGCUAUAAAUAUUACUGCUGCUUCUCUGGAAUACUCAAUCAAAAGCAUUGGC